AUGCCCGCAGCAUUCAACACGGCCCCGCCCAACGCCCCAGAGGCCAUCCUCACCUUCCCCGCGCCGCACAUCCUGCACGUCGCGAUGAACCGCCCGAAGAACUACAACGCGAUGAACGGCCCGCUCAACGCCGCCCUCGAGGAGGCGUUUGCGUGGUUUGACGCCGAGCCGAGCCUCUACGUUGCCAUUCUGGGGAGCACGAGCCGCAAGGCGUGGUGCGCGGGCGCGGACCUGCUGGCUUGGCAAACAGAAGGCAAGAACUGGAUGAAAACCACCAAGAACGGCUUCGGCGCGAUCAGCACCCGCAUCACCAAGAAGCCCAUCAUUGGCGCGGUGCACGGCCUCGCCCUCGGCGGCGGGUCCGAGAUGGUCGUCAACCUCGACAUGGUGAUCGCGGGCGAGAAGGCGACGUUUGGGUUCCCCGAGGUCAAGCGCGGCGUGUGGAUUGGCUUGGGGGGGUUGCCGCGCUUUGUCAAGCUCGUCGGGCAUCAGAAGGCCACCGAGCUCAUCCUCACCGGCCGCAACAUCUCGCCGCGCGAAGCCCUCGCGCUCAACAUGGUCAACUACGUCGUGCCCGACGACGAGGUCGAGGCGCGCGCGCUCGCGCUGGCGCAGGAGAUUGCUGAGAACUCGCCUGAUUCGGUGGUUGCGCAGUUGUAUGCCAUCCGCCUGACGCACGAAAACACGUCAUCCUUCGCCGCGCAGCGCCUCAUUGUCGACUCGGCGCCGAUCAAGGCGCUCGAGGAGGGCGACAACCUCGUCGAGGGCCUCGUCGCGUUCAAGGAGAAGCGUAAGCCGAACUGGACGCCGAGCAAGCUCUAGUGCGCACACAACGACGCGAGCGCAGCGAGCGUUGUGCGUGGCCGCCUGGCACGGCGAGCCCGAGCAGUACGUAGGGAUGAAGUCAGCAGAAGUG